AUGAACGAUCAUGAACGAGCUAUAGUUCAAUACGGUCUCGGCAGGUUCAUAGAGACCAGAGACACACAAAAAUACCCCAAGCGAUCCAUCAGCGUUGCCGAGCCGCUGGCAUUGAUCAGCAUCUGUCGCCAUCUCAUUGGCAAAGAAUCAUUUGCAACGCAUGUUCUCAAUCACUUGGAAUACAACAGUGGAAAAGGCUUCGAGGUUGUAGCCAUGGUGGCUUUUACGCGGCUUCUUCAAAACAAGCUUCGCAUUAGUGAUCUAUUCAACUUUCACAAGCAACAACCGGAGUGGUCGCACGAGACAGCACAGAUCGUCUCAAGAGCAUCAAAGAGCUAUGUCAACUAUCACAGCAUCCUCCAUGAACCCAUUUUUAGUGACCAAGCCCUUCCGUUUCAAGCCUUUGACCCAGAAGAUGUGAUCAAUUGGUUAACAAAUGACUCCUCACCCGCAUGGUGCAUACCAGACUCGAAGAUGGGCCCCGAUCUCAUGACUCGCAUCAAGCUCAGCAAUGGUAACAAUAUCUUAAUUGUGGUUCAAGCGAAGUGUUGGGGGGUUGCAACUUCGAAGGGUGUUUCCCUCCCAGCUUCGGAGACCGCCAGCGCCAUCCGAUCUUUAACGCCUUCCCGAUGGUUCUCAGAGACGAGACGAAGAAAUAUGGGUAAAAUAGCGACAAAGAAACAGAAAACAAGAAUUAAGAAAAUGCUCUCAGUGGUCAGCAGCUUCAAGAUUCUUCGAGUUGUUGUUGCCGCUCCCUUGGUUCCCAAUCUGGAUUCCACUACCAGCCAAGUUCAAGAUGCAAUCAAGGCAGACGAAAGCCCCCUUGCGACUAUAGAUUUGGCCCACAUUGCUCAAGCCUUUUCCGAGAUCCCAGAUGGACACGAAAUUGUCCGCAGAUUGAAUUGGAAACGAGGCGAAAACAUGAUGGGAGCAUCCUAA